ACUCCAUCCCCCGCCAGCCCCCGCGGCUUAAGCCGUUGCCUCUUCCUGUUUAGGGGACAAGUCGCCCGACGGCCGCCAACUACGAGGUCUGCGAAGGGGUCUUCGCCUCCUGAUCGGGUGUUCCGAGGUAGAAGGAUUGGCCUGCUGAGGACUAACUUCCUCAGUGCCUAGAAUCUAAGAAAAAUGGCAAAUGUGGAUAGUGACUCUAGGCAUCUUAUCCCCGAGGAAGAAAAUGAAGUAAAUCCUGGACCUAUGAAUAUCCAGUUUGAUUCAUCAGAUCUAAGAUCUAAAAGGCCUUUCUAUAUAGAGCCUACAAACAUCAUCAACGUGAAUGAUGUCAUUCAGAAGGUUAGUGACCAUGCCUCUGCUAUGAACAAGCGGAUUCAUUACUACAGCCGGCUCACCACUCCUGCAGACAAGGCACUGAUUGCUCCAGACCAUGUAGUUCCAGCCCCAGAGGAAUGCUAUGUGUAUAGUCCCCUGGGCUCUGCCUAUAAACUCCAGAGCUACACUGAAGGCUACGGUAAAAACACCAGCUUAGUAACUAUCUUUAUGAUCUGGAAUACCAUGAUGGGAACAUCUAUACUAAGUAUUCCUUGGGGCAUAAAACAGGCUGGAUUUACUACUGGAAUGUGCGUCAUCGUGCUGAUGGGCCUUUUAACACUUUAUUGCUGCUACAGAGUGGUGAAAUCACGGAGUUUGAUAUGUACAUCAGACACAACUACCUGGGAAUAUCCAGAUGUCUGCAAACAUUAUUUCGGCUCCUUUGGACAAUGGUCAAGUCUCCUUUUCUCCUUGGUGUCUCUCAUUGGAGCAAUGAUAGUUUAUUGGGUGCUUAUGUCUAAUUUUCUUUUUAAUACUGGAAAGUUUAUUUUUAAUUUUAUUCAUCACAUUAAUGACACAGACACUAUACUGAGCACUAAUAAUAGCAACUCUGUGAUUUGCCCCAGCGCUGGGAGUGGUAGCCAUCCUAACAACGGCUCCCUGAUUCUCUACAAUGACACAGAAGUGCAGCAGUUUGAGAAGUGGUGGAGUAAGUCCAAGACGGUGCCCUUGUACCUGAUAGGGCUCCUCUUGCCACUGCUCAACUUCAAAUCGCCUUCGUUUUUUUCCAAAUUUAAUAUCCUAGGUACGGUAUCCGUCCUCUAUUUGAUUUUCCUUGUUACCUUGAAGGCUAUUCGCUUAGGAUUCCAUCUGGAAUUUCACUGGUUUGUGCCAACAGAAUUUUUUGUACCAGAGAUAAGAUUUGAGUUUCCACAGCUGACUGGAGUGCUUACUCUUGCUUUCUUUAUUCACAAUUGUAUUAUUACACUCUUGAAAAACAACAAGAACCAAGAAAAUAACGUGAGGGACCUGUGCAUUGCGUAUAUGCUGGUGACGCUGACUUACCUCUAUAUUGGCUUCCUGGUCUUUGCCUCAUUCCCUUCACCCCCAUUAUCCAAAGAUUGUAUUGAGCAGAACUUCUUAGACAACUUCCCUAGCGGGGACACCUUGUCCUUCAUUGCAAGGAUAUUCCUGCUGUUCCAGAUGAUGACUGUCUACCCACUCUUAGGCUACUUGGCUCGUGUUCAGCUCUUGGGCCAUAUCUUCGGUGACAUUUAUCCUAGCAUUUUCCACGUGCUGAUUCUUAAUUUAGUCAUUGUGGGAGCUGGAGUGACCAUGGCCUGUUUCUACCCAAACAUAGGAGGGAUCAUAAGGUACUCAGGAGCAGCGUGUGGCCUGGCUUUCGUGUUCAUAUACCCUUCCCUCAUCUAUAUAAUUUCCCUUCACCAAGAAGAGCGUCUGACAUGGCCUAAAUUAGUCUUUCACGUUUUCAUCAUCAUUUUGGGCCUGGCAAACCUGAUUGCUCAGUUCUUCAUGUGAAAACUGUUUUCUCGAGAUUUCUCAUGGUAUUCUGAACCUUGGCAACGGUUCUGCAUAAAAGAACUUGAAAAUGCUGUCAUUGCUGUAAUUCUAAGUGUUUUCCUAAGAUAACUGAGAGCAAGGGAAAUGAUGGUCUGCUGAUAACUAUUUUUGUACUGGAGCAGGGAGGGAGGGAUCGGAUGGUCUGAGCCCUCUGCCUUUCUCAGUGACCCCCGUUCCCAUGCAUCCAAGUAGAAAUACAGAAGGAGUCAUACUGAUUUUUCUGUUGAUGAGUAGAAGGUAGGUGGGUGUGUUUUGCCUACAGCAAGGAAUCUCAGGGGUCUUGGGUCGAGGCGGCCUGUGGCCAGACCCUGGUUCCGUUUCAAUGUUCUCUCUUCCAGUUUCUUACUUGCUGGACCUUUUCUACAGUUUACUCAAACCUCUGCUGUUUCAAACAGUAAAACAAAUACCUCAUUUUAAAGGAAGUUUCCAUGGCAUCAUUAUUAAUUGACUGAAUUCCUAACUGAAUACUUAAUCUGAAGAACAAAAAAGUUUUAAAUAGUAUCCGUCCACCAGAAAAUGCAUGUAAAGUAAGGCCAGAGGGGCAGUUGGUACGUGUCGGUGAGCACUUAGGUGGUGGGGUAGAGGAUCUGGGGUUUAGGUCAUCCUCAGUUUCGUGGCCAGUUUGAAACCAGCCUGACUAUAUAAAGCCUGUCUCAAGACAUCAAAAGAAAACAUGGGUCAGAUAAACUUGGGCACAGUUUGUUUCUGUCUGACUCUUAAUUCUAAUCCAGUUCCAGGGACCUAGAUUGAGGUUACAGUUCCCAAGCCAGAUCUUGCACGUAACAAAAGCAGUUGUCCUCCUAAACCUAGGGGACUUUUACUUCUCGUGCCCUCGAGCAUAGCAUGGACUGUCAUGAAGUCCAAUGGAGACAGCGUGAGCAGAGAGGGGCAGUGUAUGAGGCUCUGCAGAAGAGAAAGGGACUAGCUGGGAAGGGUGGGACUGCGCCCAGUGUAUCCCGAGUCAUUCUGGUCCAGCUCUGACCUCCAGGAGCCGACACCAUCCACCUGCUCCUAUAACGGGAAGGGAAAAGUUAGCCUCCCCAAGAAAACCUUGUGUCUGACAAGAAGAUUGAGAAACCCAGGUUCUAAGAGUUAGCAUCCCAUUUCCCGUCUGAACUAAAAGCUGAACCAGAAUCCAGAUGUCUGUCUUCCAUGUAACACGGUCUGUGUUCCACCCACAACUACUAACACUUAGAGCUCUCUAAUUUGGGGCUAGAUUGUUUAAAAUGCAUCCUGAUUCCACUUCCCAGGACAGUGUGCAGAUUUGUGUCAUGUCCUUCCUUUGGGGAAAAAAACAACAAACAGGUGGAAUGGUUUUUAUAAAUCUAGUGAGGAGCUCCAGAUUUAAGACCAGCUUUAAUUUCUUUCAGCAUAGUUUAACGUCCUGUUGGAGUUACAGGCCUGUUUAUAAGAAGCUGUAGUUCCUAACACUUUAAAGUCUCGUUAUGAGCACUGUCGAGCACAUACACAAAUAGAAUAGUAUGGAAAACUCCUGUACACCCAUCCCUGAGUCUAGUAAUUACAGACUUAGCUGAAUUUGCUUCACCUGCUCCCUCCUGCCUUUUUCUUUUCUACUGACAUAUUUAAAAACCAAUCUCAGACAUUAUGUCAUUUCAUUUCUACAAACCUUAAUAUCCAGCUAAUAGCCCGAACUUUGAACCUAGUCACAUUCAUCAUGGAGCUGGUCUCAAAAGCUCUGGCUAGCAGAAACUGCUGUAGAAGUCAUGUUGCAGGGGUAAAUGCCUUUGUGCUUGGGGGGACCCUGGAACCUCAGACUGCAGAGUCACGUCUGUAAAGAGGCAUUCGCCUCAAAGCUGGGUGCUUUAAGUGAUGUUCCUGACUUAAUCUCUGUCUACUUGUAGUCGUUUCUUUUGUGGUUGAGAACUUCAGAAACGAUUUUCAUUGCUUUUUCCCCAAAGACAUUCUUGAAUGCUUUAGCACAUCAGAGAUGUGUUAUGCUUUAACAGUCAAGGAUGACUGGAUGUGGUUUUGCCUGUUUCAUAGAUAAAAGGAAUAUGGUAAAGGAUGCUACUCUUCGAACAAAAAAUAUGGAUUUAUGCUUUUGUUUUCUUAAAGAGAUUUGAUCGUUUAGACCUCCUAAUGCCCUGUAGACAGCUCCUUCGUCUCUUCAUGAGACUCCUCUGCCUGUCACUUGGCUUAGUCAGACUCUGCAUGAGUGCGAGAGUCCUGGCUUAUGAGAGCGAUGAGAGAUGAACUCACACGCAGUUAAUCUGACUUUCUCUCUACUCUCGUCUCUUUGAACUCUCUAAUUAAACUGCUUUCACUUUUUGCUCUGAUGUGGUUAGCCUUUGGAUUUAACUUCUUUAACCCCCCCGCCAAGGACACUAAAAUUGUAAAGGCAUUGUUUAGAGAGAUCUCCCUUAGAAAUAAAUCCUAUGGAUCUAUUUGGGCUAUGCUAAUAUUAAACCAGAAAGGGAACAAUGGAGAUAAGUUUUACACCUGUGGGUGAUCAUGCCAAGUCACUGCCAUUGGCACACUCCAAAAGUGUGCUUGGAAUAGGACUAAAUGUGCCGUUGGAAGAGACUGUCUUAAGGGAAAUACUGCAUCUACAUUAAAUGUGUUGUAGAAAUGUCAGCAGCUACCGGCUGCAGCAGAGGGCCUGGUGUCCGCUUCUACUUGAAACUUACCAAGAAAACGCUUGUGUGUUUUUAAUUAUCGUUCCCGUAGUUGUUCUGUGUAAAUAACUGAGUAGUCCGCAACGUGCAUUACUUUAGAGGAGCUUAAAGAUGUAUCAGACAGCAUGCCGUCCUAAAGGGACUUUUGAGCUAGUGAAGAAACAGCGUGUUCAUUCACACUCAGGGUAGUGUUGGGCCUGUUGGAGCAGCGUGGCGUGCUGGGGUGGGACGGCAGAGGAAGAGGAACUGUCCAGAGGCAAAGGACCCUUUUCAGUUUCCUCCUACUCCCCAACAUUAUGUUCACUGCGCUCACCAACAACUAGAAUGAUAUGUUACAUGCAUUUCGCUUUAUUGGGGCAGGUUUCCUCGAAAACAUAUUUUGUGACACUUAAUUGCUUCUUUAUGCUAUUAUUUCCUUUUCCUUAUUAUCACUGAAGUAUUUAACUCCUAUAACUCCUGGACAGAAAGCAUAAUUGAUUAAUAUGAGAUGUAACUAGUCAUACACUGGGUGCUAUGAACAGAUUCUAUAAAGUUUUCAAAUUUUUAAUUGUUUUAAAUAUGAAUAUUCAAAAUGUCAAAUGUUUACAUUCAUUGAUGUACCAGUGUUUUGCCUUGUUUCUGUUACCAUGAUAAAAUACUAUGACCAAAAGCAGGA